AAUCUGCCACCGAAUCAAGACGUGGUGCGUGUUGCGUCGUCCUAUAUACGAUGUCGCGAGCACUGUCGCGAGACUUCCGUUGAAAUAGAAUCGAAGCCCGCCGUCGGGCCGCCCGCGGAGGCCACUCGCGACCGCAACCAAGAGAAACCGAGCGGCCAAUCUCUCGACGCGCUUCUCCAAGCCUGAACCCGUGCGAACCAGUGUGAACUCGCGGUAGCUCGGUGUGCGCGCACAAAAUUGCCCAGUGGAUCUGCUCUGAAGGAUCUUGUGGUUCCGGGGGGUUCGAGAGCACGUGAGAUCAUGUCGGGGAAACGAAUGCCGCGGGCCCUGCGCCGGGCUGGCAGAUGCUCCUCGAUCUGUCCGUGAAACGUUCUAACGAUCUGUUGACACCGAGAACGCUGACUAAGUCUCGCCGAGAGUGGGACGGAGGCUCUCCGGAGCGAACACUCCUCGAGCUUCUGGAUAGCGGACCUUGAUCCCGUUUCAAAGUAACUCGAACCCUCUCGAGGCUUCCGAGGGACGAGGUCGGUCGCGGUCGCGGAUCGAGCGCGAAAAAGAAGCGCGACGUUUCGCGCUCUCGGAUGCUGCGAUGACAGAGUCGGUUUUCGCGAGUUUCGACGGUUCAGGAACGGAUCCCGUCGCGGAUCCAUAGAUCGCGGCGACACGACCGGAUUUGGCCGAGACUGGCGGAGCGGCGGAUCAUCGAGACACCUCGGGGGACCGAUCGAAGAGUUCAACGAAUCCGAACGGCGGUUCAAACGCGACCCGACUGCCGCGACGAUCGACUCGGAAAACGCGACGACGCUCGACGAUCCGUGACACGGAUCUACGUGCCGCCGAGUUUCGGACCCGCGCUCGCCGUUCGAGCCCGGCUCUAGGCACAACCUGGUACCGGUUGCCAGCUACCUGAACUCUGCUAGAGCCCCUAGUAGCUGUCGCGAGUGUGUGCGUCUUUCCCUCUGUUCGGGCCGCUGCGUGUGGAUUACGGGUGGCAGCCGGUAUACCCGAUGAACGAGCCGCUAAAGGUGAUCAAAGGUUCGAUUGAUGCCCGGCCGAGCCUCGGGACUUCGGUGAACAGUGUUUUCCGGGCUGGCGCGAUGGCAUCGCGCUCGAGAUAAGGAUUCCAUCGCCGCGUUGUGCUGGUACAUGGCCUCUGUGUGUAGUCGGUGCGUCGUCAUCCAGUGAAGAGGAUGUGAAUCGCUUCGGUACCAAAGUGAACGCGCCAUCAAACAAUUGCGGACAUGGCUUUGAGGUGGCAAGCGAGGCUCUCCAUUGCUGCCAUACUCUUCAUGUGCACCGAAGAUACCCUCAGCUUAGGGGAUCGGGCGAUGGACAACAUGGUUCCACACCAGAGCCAGAGUCAACCACGGAAUCAGCUGCUGGUCGACCCAUCCGGGCUGAAGUCGAAGGCAGAGCCGACGUUCGACCACACGCAGAGCACGAACGUGACUGCGCUGAUCGGGAAGGCAGCCUAUCUCACGUGUAGAGUGCGGAAUCUGGGCGACAAGACUGUGUCCUGGGUCAGAGCAAGGGAUAUACACAUCCUAACUGCGGGGGCGUACACCUACACGAGCGAUCAGCGAUUCCAGGCACUGCACGGGCAAAACAAGGGCCAAAGUAACGAGUGGUCCGAAUGGACGCUCUACAUAAAGUGGGCGCAGGAGAGAGACCAGGGAUUCUACGAAUGCCAGAUAUCGACCAUUCCCGUCAAGUCGCAUCAGUUUCGCUUGAACGUCGUCGUGCCGACGGCGACGAUACUGGGCGGUCCAGACCUGUACGUUGGCGCAGGUAGCACGAUAAACCUGACGUGCGCUAUACACUUCAGCUCGGAGCCGCCAGCCUUCAUCUUUUGGUAUUACAACGAGAAUGUCUUGAGCUACGACAGUCCCAGGGGCGGCGUCUCGGUGAUAACCGAAAAGGGUGGCGACAUCACCACCUCCUGGCUCCUUAUCCAGACAGCACAACCCUCGGACUCCGGGGAAUACAGCUGCAAACCCAGCAAUGCCAAUACGGCGUCCAUCAAAGUUCAUGUACUGAAUGGCGAACGACCGGAGGCGAUGCAGACCGGAACGGCGGGGCCCAUUUUAUCCUCGAGCUGUCUUGUGGUGUCUCUGAUCAUUUUGUACAUAUCGUCGAUGUAAAAGGAACGUCGAACGGCACGAGCGAGCGUCGCCGCGGCGUCGCCAACGUCCGGAUUCGAUUCUGUCGGAGCACGUUCCCGUUCAAUUCAGCCCACUGCCCACCUGGACCCCCACCUGUGUCAGGACCGGAACGGGUAAAACCUAUAAAAAAAAAA